AUGUACAAUACGGUGUGGAGUAUGGACCGCGAUGACGCAGACUGGAGGGAGGUGAUGAUGCCCUAUUCGACAGAACUGAUAUUUUAUAUUGAAAUGGAUCCUCCAGCUCUUCCACCAAAGCCACCUAAGCCAAUGACUUCAGCAGUUACAAAUGGAAUGAAGGACAGCUGUGUUACUCUUCAGGAUGCAGAAUGGUACUGGGGGGAUAUUUCAAGGGAGGAGGUAAAUGACAAAUUACGGGACAUGCCAGAUGGUACCUUCUUGGUUCGAGAUGCCUCAACAAAAAUGCAGGGAGAUUAUACUUUGACUUUGCGGAAGGGAGGCAAUAAUAAGUUAAUAAAGAUUUAUCAUCGGGAUGGUAAAUAUGGCUUUUCUGAUCCUCUGACAUUUAAUUCUGUGGUGGAGCUCAUUAACCACUAUCAUCAUGAAUCUCUCGCUCAGUACAACCCCAAACUUGAUGUGAAGCUGAUGUACCCAGUGUCCAGAUACCAACAGGAUCAGUUGGUAAAAGAAGAUAACAUUGAUGCAGUAGGUAAAAACUUGCAGGAGUACCACUCUCAGUAUCAGGAAAAGAGUAAAGAGUAUGAUAGGCUAUAUGAAGAAUAUACCAGAACAUCCCAGGAAAUACAGAUGAAGAGAACUGCAAUUGAAGCUUUUAAUGAAACAAUUAAAAUAUUUGAGGAGCAGCGUCACACACAAGAACAACAUAGCAAAGAAUAUAUUGAGCGAUUUCGCAGAGAAGGAAAUGAAAAGGAGAUUGAACGAAUUAUGAUAAAUUAUGAUAAAUUGAAAUCACGUCUGGGUGAGAUUCAUGACAGCAAAAUGCGUCUAGAGCAGGAUUUGAAGAAACAAGCUUUGGACAACCGGGAAAUAGAUAAAAAAAUGAAUAGUAUCAAACCUGACCUGAUUCAGCUGCGCAAGAUCCGAGAUCAGCACCUUGUAUGGCUCAAUCACAAAGGAGUGAGACAGAAACGCCUGAAUGCCUGGCUGGGAAUCAAGAAUGAGGAUGCCGAUGAGACCUAUUUUAUCAAUGAGGAAGAUGAAAACCUGCCCCAUUACGAUGAGAAAACCUGGUUUGUUGAGGAUAUCAAUCGAGUACAAGCAGAGGAUUUGCUUUAUGGGAAACCUGACGGUGCAUUCUUAAUUCGUGAAAGUAGCAAGAAAGGAUGCUAUGCUUGCUCUGUGGUUGCCGAUGGGGAAGUGAAGCACUGUGUGAUCUACAACACUGCUCGGGGCUAUGGUUUUGCAGAGCCCUACAACUUGUACAGCUCACUGAAGGAGCUGGUGCUCCAUUACCAGCAGACAUCCCUGGUUCAGCACAAUGACUCCCUCAACGUCAGGCUUGCCUACCCUGUCCAUGCACAGAUGCCCUCGCUCUGCAGAUAA